AUGGCUAAUGUUUGCACGAAGCUCACUGGUACAGUGCGCUCGGUGCGUCUGUUCCAGGUCGACGGGUUCAGCUUGGCGGCCAAGACCAUGAACAGCGAAGAGUGCUUCAAAUUUCGUUGGAACGUCGACGGGUACGAGUGGGAAAUCCACUGCUAUCCUGCAUCUGGGUGGGGCAGCGAAUAUGUUGCACUAAAGCUUAUGCUCCUGAGUGAAGCCCGUACUGGCAAUGUGAGGGCCAGCCUAGGCUGUCUCCUGAUACAUCCGAAGAAGCUGAACAACGAAUCCCAACCAGAAAAGACCGUGACACACGUGUUCAAGCGUCCCAACGACUGCACGCGUGGAGUCGAGCUCGUGAACAGGAAAUCUCUAGCGGUGCCAGCUUCUCUCAAAGAUGACUAUCUGACCGUGGAGUGCACCAUUACUAUCCUCAAGGAACUACCGGAAGCGGCAACAACGACGGUGCCUGUCCCAUCCUCCAACUUGCACCUGCACCUUGGCGAGCUCCUGGAGAGCCGGACGGGAGCCGACAUCAUGUUUCUCGUCUCUGGCGAGAGCUUCGCCGCGCACAAGCUCGUAAUAGCCGCGAGGUCUCCCGUAUUCAUGGCCGAGUUCUUUGGGCACAUGAGGGAGGCGAGCGCUGGGCGUGUCGUCAUCAAGGACAUGGAGCCGCAAGCGUUCAAGGCCAUGCUCCACUUUAUCUACACCGACACGGUUCCUGAGCUUGACCAGGAGUUAGAGGCCGUAGCGACGAUGGCUCAGCACUUACUUGCAGCUGCUGACAGGUACGGGCUAGAAAGGCUCAAGGUGAUCUGCGAGAGCAAGCUCGCUGGUGGCAUCACUGUCGAAACAGCUGCGACGACUCUGGCUCUGGCUCAGCAGCACAACUGCUCGCACCUCAAGGCGAAGUGCGUUGAGUUCAUGGUUAGCACUCCUGCUGUCCUUGAUUCUGUUGUGGCGACGGAGGGGUAUAAGCAUCUCGAGGCGAGCUGCCCUGCAGCGCUUACUAGCAUCGUCAUCUCCAUGCGUGGGAGAAGGAAUUGA